GGGUUGGUUGUGUUGGUGGAAGUUGUGGUUAAGUCACAUUUUCAAAACACGUGCAAGACUCUUGGCCUCCUAGCACCACCAUGUCCGAAAAGCGCCCAAUUUUUCGCGAUUUAAAUGCAGAUGAUCCCGAACCGGAAACCACAGAAAUCGAAUCUUUGUGCAUGAAUUGUCAAGCAAAUGGCACUACCCGCUUACUUCUUACAAAAAUUCCAUUUUAUAAAGAGAUCGUUUUAAUGUCUUUUAGUUGUGACGAAUGCGGUUACGCAAACAACGAAAUCCAACCAGGUGGGCAGCUUCCGGACAAAGGAAUACAAAUAACAUUGAACGUCCAAACGGGGCGCGACUUAAAUCGCCAAGUGGUCAAAAGUGACUUUGCCAGUGUUAAAAUAGUCGAGUUGGAGUUUGAGAUCCCCUCAAAGAGCCAUAGAGGCGAGGUAACCACAAUUGAAAGCAUAAUUAACAGAAGCAUAUCGGACUUGGAAAUGGAUCAACCUGUUAGAAAAAUUGAAAAUGAAGAACUCGCACAACAAAUAGACAAUUUUAUCGAUAAACUUAAAAAGUUAAAGGAUGUGGAAACACCUUUUACAUUUAUUUUAGAUGAUAUAUCUGGCAACAGUUUUAUAGAAAAUCCAAAUGCCCCACUUCAAGAUUUGCAUUGUACAGUUAAACAUUUCACACGAACGAAAGAGCAAGAUCAUGAGUUGGGCAUUUUUACCAAGGAAGAGGUGGGUGAAAAGCAAAGCGGCAUUCUAUAUCCAAUUGAAGAAGGUGAAUUUUCAUUAGAAGACUUAGAAGGCGAAGUUUUACAGUUUGGCACCAAUUGCAAUAGCUGCGGUUCACCAUGCGAGACUAAUAUGAAGUUAACUAACAUUCCCCAUUUUAAGGAGGUCGUCAUAAUGGCAACUGUUUGUGAUACAUGCGGAAAUCGUACAAACGAAGUGAAAUCUGGAUCCGGAGUUGAACCUUUGGGAGUACGCAUCGAAGUUGACGUUAGUAACAAAAACGAUUUAUGCAGAGACUUGCUGAAGUCGGAAACUUGCCACUUGCGUAUACCGCAACUCGAGCUGGAGGUUGGUCCAAGUGCAUUGGGUGGACGUUUUACUACAGUAGAAGGUUUACUGGUUGCAGUCAAAGAUCAGUUGAGUGAAAAUAUUUUCCAAGACUCCCAAGCGGAAGAAGAUAAAGAUCGUUUGGCUUCAUUUUUGCAACAAUUUGAUUGCAUUAUAGAGGGAAAGAAAACUGUUACUUUAGUUCUUGACGAUCCUGCUGGUAACAGUUAUGUACAGAGCUUAUCUGAUGUUGGAGAAGAUGACUGUUUGAGAAUUACUAAAUAUGAGCGAAACUUUGACCAAAACGAAGAGUUGGGACUAAAUGACAUGAAAACUGAAAAUUACUGAAGAUGUUUAAUAAAUAAACAAAUUUAGAUUAA